GCGGAAUGCAAGUCUCCCACGGCAUUUCUUUGUCCUUCAUGAACGACGUUUUCGCCUCCUAGCUCGUCCAGCGUUACAGGGUACCGCCAUCUGCAUCUAUUUCCUGAAAAAAUAAACGAUGGACAACCCGCAGUAUUAUCAACCCUUGUCUCACGCUCUCCAUCCUCUCCCCUCCAGUCACCAAUCUCAGCAGCAACAAUACGCUUCGUAUGCUUCUCACGCUCAAUCGACGGUCCCAAAUGGCGCAGCCCAUACCCAGCGAGAGGAGGAAGAGGAGGAGGAAGAGGACGAUGAGGAGAUCGUAGAAGAGGAGCUCGACCAUCAUGACCCGGAUCGCCAGCGCGCAAGCAAUCAGUCAUCUCCACGAUCCACAGUUCAAUCGCAGGCACCAUCCGCAGGGCUGGCCGCGACCACUACGAAUCCCAUCAUCAACAAGCCAGGAGGUACGACACAGGAUGCGGCGAAUCAGUCGGCAACAGAUGUCGAUGAGUCCGGCAAACGCAAACCAGGUCGCCCAAGGGGUUCCAGGAACCGUAAACCAAGAGCUUCUGCAGGGACUGUCACCAAAGCACCUGCGAAUUCUCAGCAUCCAGGGUUCUAUCAAUAUCCGCCUGCGCCUAGUGGCGCAGUCUCGCAAAAUCAACAGUUUUAUGAGUUCCAGUGGCGUGCUUUGAACCUUUGUUCAGAGUUCUACAAUGCUGCAGAAGAGCUUGUCAAAGCCGCUUCGCCCGUCGUCAUCGCGCAGUGUUACCAGAUGGGUCCAUCGACAAAGAUCGAUCCAUUGGCCAUGAUCGCCGACGCAAAGCGCGUGUGCGACAAUCUCCUUGCGAACCCUAGUCAGCUGGUCGGAAGCCCUCCUCCGCCCGUAUAUUCCAUGCCGUCGUACCCUCAGAUGCCGCCGCCGCCUUCUGCUACUACAUCUGCGGGUAAUUCGACGAACCCCUCUGCAGUAAUCACUAAUCCGCAAUCAUUUGUGAUGUCUCUCGGCUCUAUGCCUCCCCCCUCUCACGCACCUCCGCAGCCGUAUUACGCAUCUCCAAUGUAUCCAACAGCUGCGGCGCGCUAUCCUACCACUCCAUACUACUCAUACCCUUCCCAGCCCUACUAUACCCCGCCUCCGCAGCCUGCGGCCCAACCCGCUCAGAUUACCCCUACGCCCUCCUCGACGCCCACCACAGGGUCUGUCUCGACCUUCAAUGCUGUCACAGGUUCGGCGGCUCCCGGUGGAACAUCAGGUGCCUGGUCUGAGGAGGAGACUGAGCGUCUGAGGAGGCUUGCAGAGCAGAGUCGAGAGAUGGGUGGCGCUCAGAAUAAGGGUGAGAUUGAAUGGGAUUGGGUGGUGCAGCAGUGGGGGAACAGCAGGACCAGACAUCAGAUCCUACUGAAAGCCACCUCAAUGGGUCUUAAGGAGAGCACUACCAGAGGAACAAAGCGUCGACGAGAAACUGAUGCGGGCGCUGGGGAGAACCAUGAACACACCACCGCCCCAGCUUCCCACGCUACUGCAACCCCAGGUACGGCCACUGGAGGUGCAUCUGCACCUGCACCUGCACCUGCACCUGCACCGCCUUCUACUCCAGCGGCCCCCGCGACAAGCGCCGGAAGUAUCCCUUCCGCUAACGCAUCUCCUGCGAUGCCUCCGCAGCGUCCCCCUUCCUCAUCGCAGCAACCGACUACGAUUGCCCCCUCACGGACUACUACGACCUCGUCUCCCGCUGCCUCUAAUCUGCCAUGGCCUAUGCCUACGGUUGCUGCGAAUACGCCUUCUCCUGUGAUCUCCAGCUCACAGAUAGAGCAACGCAGCAACUAUUAUCGUCCGCGUCCAACGCAGACAGCCUCAUACGCUGCUUCUGCCAGCACGAACACCACCACUUAUGCCGCGUCUGCUGCGAGUGCUACGAACACUGCGGCAUAUGGGGCUCCACCAACGAACUCUCGCCCAACAUCAUCACAUGGUGGUGUCGCUGCCACACAUCAAUACAUGUAUCGACCGAACGGUGCGCCGACCAGUGGAAGGAGGGACGGAUCUGAUGGAUCAAGGAGCACACCAUACGAGUCCGCCUCUGCAGUCAAUUACCAAGCAUCGCACAUAUAUCCUAAUAGUGUCGUACCCUACGGCAGCUCCUCGCUUUCGGGUGCAAACGUCCUCCCGCCCACUCAGGUUAUAUAUCCUCCUUCUCAGUCGCAGAGCCGCAGUCAGCCUGGCACACCAUCUACUAGCCCGGCGGCGGCGGGGAAGCGCAAGGAGACGGAGGAUGGGAGCCACAACCCUGCCCCGAGGAAGCGACGUCCACCGUCCCUUCCGAAUGGAGAUGAUCCAGAUGUAGGGCCGAAUGGUGGUCCAAAGCACUGGACGGAUAGCGAGAAGACGAGCUUGUUCAAUUGGCUCCUGCUUCAUGACAAUCAUUGGGACAUGUUCCGUACGAAGAUGAACACUGUGUUCCGCGAUGCAUCCGCGCAGAUUUUUGGUGGCCGAAAGUCCUUCACGGCGUUGAAGAGUUGUUACCACCGCAAUGUCGAGACUUUCAAACAGAUAUUCGCAUUUGAGGUGUACCUGUCUCGCUUACCUCCGGACCCGAACAACCCUGCGGAUGGAAAUGCCCCCUUUUCUGACCGAAUUCAUGACCCUACGAUGGCACGCCAGGCAUAUCUAGAACAGAAGCUGGAAGAAGCGCGUGGAGCCGGUGUGCCAGUGGCAAAUUUGAAUAUGAAGGUGAUCGACCAUUGGCACCAAAAGGGAUGGUACAAUUUAUUCAAGAGCCGGUUUCGAGAAGACCCUAGAACAGGACUUCCCAUACCCUCCUACGGACCGUCGAGUUUGUCGUUUCCAGCAGAAGGAUCUUCGAAUCAAAUGCUGUACCCUCCUUCUGCUAUCGACCCGCAGCUCACCAACAGCAACGCCGAUGAGGAAGAGGAGGAGGAGGAAGAGGAUGUCGAGCAGCAAGUUCAAGAAACCCUGAUGAGCCCUAUGCACAACAAUCAUCCCGGCCCCAGCACCAGCGCUGCCCAAAGUGACUCGCAGAUUCCUCCAAAUCCGACUGGACGCGACGCGCCGCUGCCUCCGACGCCCAUCCUGCCGCAGAAGGCUUCACAGCCGCACAGCUCCACCCGCAGGACUGUUGCACCCAGUCUCGCGCCUGAUCUCCGGACAGAACAGAUGCAUCUUCAGAUGAUGCAAGCCAUGGAUCGCUUUACUGCUGUCACGAACUCGCUUAUGGAUCAAUGUGCGACAUUAUCACAGCUUCUCGUCGCCGAGGCGGAGGAACGGAAGAUAAGAGCACAGGCUCAGAGCGAGAGGGUUGGGAAGAAGGAGGAUGGGCUGAACAGGAAGGAGAAGGCCACGCUCGCUACGGAGAUGCUAGCGAACGCGGACGUGGGCGACGAGGUGCGCAAGGCAGCGGCGGACUAUCUGAAGAGGCUGUUUAUGAGCGAAUGAAGGCCAAGGACGAUUGGACUAGUACGUGAAAGAAGGCUGCAUCUGAUUGUGAUUCGCGAUGUAUGCGCGACCUGUAUUUACGCAUUGGCAAAGGUUAUGGAACGGUCCUAUACAUAAAUGCCC